CAGAGUGGUUCCGUACCGGCAACAGUUGCCGGAAUAGGUGCGUCGGUUAUUGAAGAAUCGCGGGGCAGCUUCGAAGUUGCCCCUCCAUUUCUCAGCGUCAUACGGUUUACCCUGUAAUUUGUCAGUUGGGGGUCGGUUAUUGCUUUUGUCUUUCGGCAUCUGGUUUUCCUCAUUUCAGACUACUGAUUUCUCUUGUUUACCUUGCUGUACUAUUUUUCCGUCGAGUUUCAAUUUCAAAAAUGGCUUCUAUAUUCUCUCUCGAGGGCUCGACUGCUCUUAUCACUGGUGCCACCAGAGGCAUUGGUCAGGCUGUUGCUCUUGGGCUCGCCGAGGCCGGCGCAGACAUUAUCUUGAUCCAGAGAGACACCACGUCGACGGCGACAAAAGAGGCCAUCGAAAAGACUGGCCGCAAGGCAUGGGUAUUCACAGCUGAUCUUGCCGUGCAAGAGCAAGUCGCAAACAUCGCCAAGGACGUCACCGCCGCUGGCCACAAGGUUGACAUUCUGGUUAACUGCGCCGGCAUCCAGAGGAGACACGCUUGCGAGGAGUUUCCCGACAACGACUGGAACGAUGUUCUGCAAGUCAACCUAAAUUCCGUCUUCACCCUCUGCCGCGACUUUGGCCGCGAGAUGCUCUCCCUCCCCGUCUCCGCCGCGACCGGACGCCGCGGCAGCAUCAUCAACUUCGCCUCGCUGCUGACCUUCCAAGGCGGCUUCACCGUGCCCGCCUAUGCGGCGUCCAAGGGAGCCGUGGGCCAGGUCACAAAGUCGUUUGCCAACGAGUGGACGGCCAAGGGUAUUACGGUUAACGCCAUUGCGCCGGGAUACAUCGAGACGGAGAUGAACACGGCGCUUCUAAACAACCCAGAGAGACUGGCGAGCAUCAGCGCCAGAAUCCCGGCGGGUAGAUGGGGGUCACCCGAGGACUUUAAGGGGACGGUGGUGUAUCUCGCGAGCAAGGCGAGUGCGUAUGUGAGUGGUCAUGUCUUGGUGGUGGAUGGUGGAUGGAUGGGACGGUAGAGGAUCUUGUACAGAGUAUA